UCUCAUCCCCACCCACACCCAAGGAUUCUCCCUCUCCCUCUCCUCUAUAUCUCUCUCUCUCUCUCUCUGUCGAUCUCUGUCUUUUUAGGAGAAGAAGGGAUGCUUGUUUGAUUCCUCUUAUUGAACGGACUCUUUUUGAUGCUGUAGACUUUAAACCCUUUGUGUGCUGGUUACUUUGCCCUACCUGUGGAGGAUCCUGGUAGUCAGCCAGCCUCUGGAGCGUGUGUAGCCCCAGCCGCAGCCACCAUGCUGGGCUUGGAUGUGUGUGAGUUUGGGGGUCAGGUUCUGGAGCUUCUCUGGCUAACCAUGUGCUACCAAGGUUUGAUGGCGGAUAAGGAGGAGAAGCCUGUGGGAGAGGAGGAGGACGAGACAGACCUGAACUACACUCCUCCGGCCCAGAAGACCCUGCAGGAGAUACAGGAACUAGACAAGGAUGAUGAGAGUCUCAGGAAAUACAAACAGACUCUACUAGGAGCUGGACCAGUGGUGGGAGACCCGACCAUUCCCAAUGUCCAGGUCACCAGACUGACCCUGAUGUGUGACCAAGCACCUGGUCCUAUCACCAUGGACCUCUCAGGUGACGUGGAGGCUCUGAAGAAGAAGAGUUUCACCAUGAAGGAAGGAGUGGACUACAGAGUGAAGAUACACUUCAAGGUUAACAGGGAUAUUGUGUCUGGACUGAAGUACGUCCAUCUGACCUACAGGAAAGGACUCAGAGUGGACAAGGCGGUGUACAUGGUGGGCAGCUACGGGCCGCGGGUGGAGGAGCACGAGUUCAUGACCCCGGUGGAGGAGGCGCCCAAAGGCAUGAUUGUCCGAGGCAGCUACCACAUCAAGUCCCACUUCACCGACGACGACAAGACCGACCACCUCUCCUGGGAGUGGAACCUGGGGAUCAAGAAGGACUGGGACGAAUAGAGAAGAGCCUAAUUCUUCUCUCCCUCCUCACCUCUCCCUGUGUCUCCUCCUCCUUCCCUCUCCCUGUGUCUCUCCCUCCUUCCCUCUC